CGUAGCGCUUCUUUCUUCUCUCUCUCUCUCUCUAAAAAUCUCCGUCGAAAAUCAUAUCGAACCUGCCGCCGGCUACCGGAAAAUGGACGGAAAUAAAGAGCGACGGUUUGAUAACGGCAACUUACACGGCGGCGACGACGACGGCGACCUGAGACGAGGACCGUGGACGGUGGAGGAGGACAUGACUCUUAUCAAUUACAUCGCGAAUCACGGCGACGGCCGCUGGAAUUCUUUGGCUCGUUGCGCCGGCCUGAAGCGUACCGGAAAAAGCUGCCGAUUACGGUGGCUGAACUAUCUCCGGCCGGACGUCCGGCGAGGAAAUAUUACACUCGAAGAACAGCUCCUGAUUCUGGAACUUCAUUGCCGUUGGGGAAAUCGAUGGUCUAAGAUUGCCCAGCAAUUACCUGGACGAACCGACAACGAAAUAAAGAACUAUUGGAGGACUCGAGUUCAGAAGCACGCAAAGCAGCUCAAAUGCGACGUUAACAGUAAACAAUUCAAGGAUACCAUGCGAUAUCUCUGGAUGCCGCGUCUCGUCGAACGGAUUCAGGUCGCGGCGUCCACCGCCGUCGACGGAAACCGAUCGUACGGAUCAGUGGCUCGGCCGGCGUCGGCGGCUGUGAUGAACAGCGGUAGUGAUUUUGUCAGUACUCCACAGGUCACUCCGAGUUAUACGUCGGAGAAUUCCAGCUCUGGCGGAGGUGGAGGCGGCUCCUCCAUGUCCGAUUUGACGGAUUGCUACAACAAUUUCAGUUGUUUUCCGGUGGUUCCGCCGCCGCUGCAGAGUCCGGCUCCUGGAUUCUUCAACGAGGAGACAUUGGAUUUUCAGGCGAUGGAGCAGAGUAGUUGCCAGUGGAUGGCGGCGGACGGUGGCGUUGACACGUCGGAGAGCUUGUGGAAUACCGCCGACGCCGGUGCCGAUUACUUCUGGUUCUCGCAGCAGCAGUUGAAUUAACAGAUUAAACAAAAGGGGAAACUAUACAUAAUUUGUAGAGCGGAAUAUCAUGAUCUGAAAAAAAAAAAAAAAAAAUUAACGUUUUUUUUUUUUUUUUUUUUAAUGUUUGGUUAAAUUUCCAAUUAUUGGGGCUUGGGGGGAAUUUGUAUAAUUGAAUCUCGAGGGGUUUUUAUUUUA